CCAUCUGUCACUGUCAUUAUUAUUUUAAAUCAUUUCAAUAAAUGUCAAAGAUGAAGAUGGCUGACGGUUCAACAAUUUUGCGAAGAAAUCGACCUGGUACAAAAGCCAAGGAUUUUUGCCGAUGGCCAGAUGAAUCUUUCGAAGAAAUGGACAGUACAUUAGCAGUACAACAGUACAUUCAACAACUCAUUCGUAGGGAUCCGAACAAUAUUGAUUUGAUUCUGAAAAUGCCUGACUCUCAAGAUGAAGGCGUCUGGAAAUAUGAACAUUUGAGGCAAUUCUGCAUGGAACUCAAUGGACUAGCGGUUAGAUUACAGGGCGAGUGUCAUCCAGAAACGUGCACACAGAUGACGGCAACAGAACAGUGGAUAUUCCUAUGUGCAGCACACAAAACUCCCAAAGAAUGCCCUGCCAUUGACUACACUAGACAUACCCUAGACGGGGCAGCUUGUCUCUUGAAUAGCAACAAAUAUUUUCCUAGUCGGGUUAGCAUCAAAGAAUCGUCUGUAGCCAAACUAGGUUCAGUCUGCCGAAGAGUAUACCGAAUCUUCUCUCACGCUUACUUCCACCACAGGUCGAUCUUCGAUGAGUUCGAGAACGAAACCUGUCUUUGCAAGAGGUUCACGCAGUUCGUGACGAAAUACAACCUGAUGUCCAAAGACAACCUUAUCGUACCGAUUUUAGAAGAAGAUAACGCACCUGGGGAAUCAGAGGCAUAAACCCCAUUUUAAUCCAGAACAUAUGAAAAGGUCCUCAACUCAUUUGGAACAUUUUUAUAACGUGGAACGUUCCAAAAAAGAGGUUACUCAUUUUUUAAGUCAGAUUUUUGUAGAUCAGAACAAGUUGGCCACGUGGAAACCUUACCAAGUUUCGUAGGAAGGUGGGAGAUUUGUUGAUAGUGAAAAAGAAGUGUAUGGAAUAGUUGAGAUUCUUAGAGUGUUCUGGGAAGCCCCAACAUUUUUCCCUAUUGCAAUAAUUUGAUUUUAAAAAUUUGUUCUUUCUUAUCACCCUGUAUAUGAGGGGUAGUAUGUUGUGAAAUUUCCUGUAUGAUUAAAUAAACCCCUUUAUUUC